ACCGCCCCAUUUUUUCCCAACAGUUUGCAGUAUAAACAACAGUCUCGCCUCGAUCGUCUUCAUCUCGUCGAUCGUCAUCCUCGCCGAAAAUUCACUGUCAUCAUGCCUUGGCGGUGGCUCGAGGUGAGUCUCGCACUCGUCGUCAUCACGGCGGCACUGUCCUCGGCGCAGACGACGGUGCAACCGGCGACGUUUCCGUCGAUGCCCAGCUGCCCGCCGGCACCACUCAGCCUGUCCCCGUGCAUCGGCUACGUCUUCGGCGUCGCCGAGGCGACGCUCAACUCCUGCUGCUCCCAGCUCCGGAGCUUCCUCCAGGCCCAGGCGCCCUGCCUUUGCGCCGCCUCCAAGCUCGCGCCCAUCCCGGUCGGGCUGUUCCUCGGCCAGGCCCAGGUCAUGAUCCCCAACGUCUGCAACCUGCCCAGCCCAUGCGAUGAUGUCACCGGCGCGAGCACUGCUCCGGCAGCCACCACGCCGUCGGUGGCAGGCACUUCGCCUCUGGCUGGUACUACUCCAUUGGCUCCGACCGGCCACGUACCAUCGGCUGCGACCACGGCGCCUUCGGCAACUCCGGCGACCACCACGGCUGUGACUGAACCCUCGAACACGCCGGCUGCUGAUCCAGACACGUCAAGAGCACCACCACUAGCAGCCGAGGAUUCUCCUGCCGCUGCAACGGCAGGCGCCGGAUCGAAGCUCCCAGAGUUGCUGCACGCAGCAGGUGCGACAAGCUCCAGAGGCAUGGCUGCACGCACUGUAAUGGUCACCGUGUUUCUUGCUUCUGUUGCGACCAUAUAUGUGUAGCUGUAAUAUGCUAAGGCUAUUACCACAACAAAUGUACUGAUGUAAAAUAUGAUACGGUAUAAGUUAAAACUGCACUCUACUUUUGUGCAGUCGCAAUAAAAACCUUCAUUCUACAGAAUCUCCA